UCGUCGUCGUCGUCGUCGUCGUCGUCGUCGUCGUUGUUGUUGUUUGUCGUUCUAUCGCUUUUCCCCCACACUAUACCACUGGGACGAAAGAAUUGGCAAAGAGCUGUGUGCGGUCGUGUUGCGCCACUUUUGACGGUCGCGUGCCGCGCAACGUGAUCGAUAAGAUCGAUGCGAGCAGUGGACGACGAAUCGGAACGGCGCGAGAUCGAGAGUCAAUGCGAUACUCUAGCGGCAGGUCGAGGAAACCCGCCAAAAUAUCAGCAACGAUCUGGCUCGUUUGGACUACGGUUUCCAGUCGUCAACAAGGAAUAAGGAAACACGUCAAAAAGUGAUUCGUGUUCGACAGUGCGGGGUAAACGGAGGUAAAAGGCAAACGAGAGCGAAAGGAACGUUGUUGAUCGGCCGCCAUACGCUCACAGUGUUUUGUUUAUUCGUGGAAGAGAAUCGGUCACUGGAUUCCCAUUGUGCGUAUCUCUGUGUGCCACGUGACGAUCAACGUUUGUUUAUUUUGGUGCUUUUUGUCGCCGUUUACCUUGUUUGGCUAUUCUACCCUGGGCCUUUUAUACCAGAUUCAUUUCUACUCCCUGGAAUCAUCAACAAGGUUAUCUGGCUUGCGGAUGUUCGUCGAUAUCGCGCGUGCCGAUCCUCGAAAAUGUAGUUACGGCAUCCGGCACGAGGGACACCAGAGUGCGUGUUGCGAGAAAGGGAGAGAGAGCGAGAUACAGGACGGAUCGCCGCAGUGCAAAUCGGUGUAUCGUGAGACAGGGAGGCUGUGAUGAGGGAAGCCGGUUAAAGGACCCUGUGUCGCGCAGGCGCCGGUAGGAGUACAGGAAAGAUGCUGCCUUCCUCGAGAGCUUUAUUAAGCCCGCUGCUGCUUCUAAUCAUCGCUGGAAGCACCGGUGCCUUCAGCUCCCGACAAGGAGAAUGCACGUUUCCACUGAAAUGGGAAGGCACGUGGUUUCAAAGCGGAGUCAGACAGCCGAUCGUGAUCUCCAGGAAUGAAUUGUCCAGCAAGGGUAGGUGCCUGCACAACGAGGGCGACAAGUUUCUCCUGGUUGAUCAAAAAUCCUGCUACCGUUGCGUCGUCAUUCACGAGAAGCACUCGAACGUUCUCCAGUACAAAGAAACUUACUGUCACAGCAGAAAUUCAUUGUCAUCACUGUGCUCGUACAUCACGGGAGAUGCCCUGCUCUAUUCGAUGUUCCGGGAGGAGGCUACACCUGUGCCGUGCCCUUUUCGAGGACCCAUGACCUUCUCCUAUAACCGCGGACACGGAACUUGCUCGGUACCCGUCAGCAACGUCGACACCUGCACCGACGAUAGCAGAUUGUUGUUCAGAUACCAGGCGUGUCCCGAUAUAUCCGCAUCCGAGAGCGCAGUGGAGGAACUGGAAUGCCUGGCCACCUGGAAGGAGGGCAGCAGCCGUUACCUGGUGGGCCGUUUACAUCACGGACACGCGUCCAGUAACGAAGAUCGAUACCGAUGCUUCGUCUACGAGAAGGCCGGCCAGACAGUGCAGAGUAAUCUACACAGAGCUGCCAUGGGCAUAGGAGCCAUGGAUCACGAUGUCGGUUUACAGAGUGGACCGGUGCCCGAGGGUGCGGCCGAGAUCUACCGGGUGGCACAGAGCGGUGACGCCACUUGCAACGGUCUGUUCAGCCCUAUGGAAGGAUCUCGAACCAUGACGCUCAUGAAAGUCUCGCCACCCGGCCAGUGCCGAUUUCCCAAUUGGUUAACCGGCCACUCUAGCGGCGGACUGACCUGGCACACCCUCGACCUGACCAGAUCUUACACGUUCCAUCCUCGGAACGCUUCCCUGCACGUAACCAGAUCGAAUAGCAGUUCCUCGAGAUUCGAAAACGGUCCCCUAGACGGACAGUACGUUCCAGGUCAAGAAGAUCAGGACGUAAAGAUCUUAUGCAACAGCAUCAAACAGUCUAGCGCCGCUCAAGCGAUGACGAUGACUAUGUUGGUCGCGCAUUUCACCGUCGGUUGUCGGAGCGGUUUCAUGUGCAUGACGUUCUACCGAAGGGACGGUCACGUGAUAGAAGUGCAAACCGGAAGCGCCGUUUCAAGGCCGGAAGAAGCUUGCAGCACGCCCCAUUUUCAACAGCACAACAUACCCUUCCUCACCUUAGUCACCAGUUCCCCGGAGCCACGUACGUGCCCGUACUUGGGCAAAUUUACGGUGACGGGGGUGAACCGGAACCAACGGAACAUCCGUGAAAGCCGGAGGAACCAGCACCAGGAGGGCGUCAGGCGUGACAGAGAAAAAGUUCGACACGCCCAGGAACGAACCCAGGAAGAUCGACGCGGCCGGAAGCUCGACUUCGACGUGGAGAAACGUAGGGCGAACAACGAAUACCUCGUCCAUGAGCGAAUGGGCAGGCGCGCCAGAUCGAAUCGCAACAACAGAAACCAUCGCGAUCACAGCCUCGAGGAGGUGUCGUCCAAGCGAACUUUGGAUAUCGAGGACCUGCUGCGCGACCAUUCUAGAUCCAAGAUCCGAAGAUCGGAGGACCAGCGAUCGACCGAAAGCGUAUCGAGAUCGAAACUCAGAAGAACGCACGAUCUUGCCAAACGUUCAGUCGGUAACCGGCGAACGAGCAAUAGAUCAAGAAGAAGCCCGAAGAUGGAGGACUUCCGGGUAGACGCAGACGAUUUCGCACGAAUCAGGCAAUUCUGGGCAACCGAUUUCGACGAUCCGGAUGGCUCGAGCAUGCUCGAGAUUCAGGGUGAUUAUUUCGGCGAUUAUCCGGACACCGCUAACCUGCCGAAAAAGAGGUCAGACAGAGAAAUGACGUCGAACCUCCUGGCGAGGAUGAGGAGAAACGUCGAGCAGCUGAAUCCUAGCAACGGAUCUUUCGAGAAGAGGGAGAAGAGAGAGGAAGAUAUCUCUAGAUGCAGCUCCGAGGUCACUACCAUAACCAUAGGAUGUUCGACCGCGGACAGAAUGGAAUUUCAGACGGACUGCGUCGAGGACAACGCGAUCGCGUACUCCUGCCACGGUAGGUGGUUCGACGCGGAGGGCACCCAAUUCGUGAUCGCCACCCAACUGGCACCUGGCACGAGCUGGUCCAGCGAGAACAACAGGCCCCAGCCGUACAGAAACAGUCGAAGAUUGUGCUUCAUGUACAAAGAGAGCGGCGGGGUUGUCAGUUUGACUGCCAGCGAGGUCGCCUGCCAGAGGGGAAUCCCACCGCCCCCACCUAUGUUGGCCUUCAAUGCUACCAGUACCGGUCAGUGCAUGGAAGAGAACAGGGGCUUUGUUACUCGAUCGACGUACCUGAUGAUCGUCAGCCUGGCGGCGGUCGUCGCGAUAUACAGGUGAUUCUAAUCGAACGGACGACGAUCUCGCGACCGUUAAAACUCAACGUUUGUAAUCUGCGUUACUGGACACCGUGUGGGUGACGAAACGGGAGGUGGUACACGUGUAUAAAAAGAAAUAUAUAUAUAUUAUAUAUUAUACAUAUAUAAUAUACAUAUAUAAUAUAUAUAAUCGCCUUUGGCGCGAAUCACCGAACAAGAUCGGUCGAGCGUCCGGGCCAACGAGAAAGAAGAAACUGAAAGAGAAAAAUGGCACAAUCGAUACUUUGGCUUCGAACGCUCGUGUCCGUAGCUCUUGCUAGCCUCUCUGAUUCGUCGGGAGAAAUUCGUGCUCGCACGACCAUCAAAAUUUUUUCGCGCAACGAGAGACGAGGAAAGAUAUCGAGGUUCGUCCUAGCUGAGAGUGCUGGUCCCUGAUUCGAUUCGAUGUCUGGGAACGAAAAAUAAAGUCGCCUAUAAUAAAGAGACAAGAGGCAAAACUCUGAUUUCUUCCGUAUGAGAGGUGCUCCUCCAGACCAGAAGGAAAAUCAAGUGGACAAGAAAAGAGGGCGGAACAUCGUUUGGAAAGGAGACGGAUCCGAUCAAGAUGAACGGUUUAGCGACGGAAGGGAUGGAGGAAGGAAGGAAGGAAGAAAAGAAGGAAAGAAGGAAGGAAAGAAGGAAGGAAGGAAGGAAGGAAGGAAAGGGUAUUACUUUUCGAAGGAAAUUUUUUUCUCAACGACGGGAAAGGGAAGCGCUUGUUCCUUCGAGAGGAACGGCGUAAGGAGAGCGAUGAGGGGUCGUGAAGAUCGAACGCGAAUUUCCCCUGGCCAGUAGGUUUUUUACCGAUGUAGCUCGUAGGCACUAGCUAAUUAAAAAUCGGAUAAAGAUAACAAAGUAAUUACACAAGUUUUUAUGGUUAGACCAUAUCACGAGCGAGAUCACGGCGCACGAUCGAUCGGAUUCUUUAGCGAAAGGUGACGAGCGAUGAGAACGGGAUCGAUUGCCGGCCCGGAACGAUACCGAAGAGAGAAGAAAGCAACAUCACGUUUUAGUUAGUAAGACGAUCGACCGGCAGAGGUCGUUAUCAUUUAAGGUAGAAACUACAUAGAGAAUAGCUUUAAUAAGGCGCGAAGGGGAACAGGUUACUCGGCAAAUAUUUUUCACACCGGCUGCUCCUUUCUUUCCACGACCCUGCUGUAAGAGUACUGUAAGUGGGUAUACCGUGUAUUUUAUAUUACCAGUUCGAAGAAUGGAAGCUGGCACGAAGAAAACAGGAGUGCACCUGUAUCUCGAAACAUCGUGGAUAUCGUUGUUACUAAAAAAGUGCCAUCGACUUUUCUCUCAAUCGUACCAACGCAUCGUUUUUUCUUUUUUUUCUUAUUUUUUUUCUUUAGAACAAUUUGAGCAUUAUACAUUAAAUCAUACGAUAAAAAAAGACGUACCAUUUUGAGGUUUAAUUUCACCGAAAAGUACAAUGUUCGAACAGCACGGAAGAUUCUGCAUCCGUUAACAGAUUUUGGGCCAAUCGAGAAAGCUCGCGGCAGAAUUCAAUUACCACACGAAAUAUUAGUAGAUGUAUUAAAGGUUGAUUGCAUUGUAGCUGUUAUAUAAUAGCUACAAAGGGCUAUUAGCCGUGUUAUAGCUGAAUGUAUAGCGUAACUAUUAUAUAAUAGCUGUAAUAGCCGCUAGCUGUAUUAAUAACCGACCGAAGGGGAAAAACAUAUUUCAAAGCUUCCGAGUUAACUGCGUUAUUUUUCUAUUGUACGAUACAAAAAAAAAAAAAAAAAAAAAAAACACACACACACACACACGCGUCGCUCGUCCACGAUGUUUAGAGAGCCGGGCGCAAUGAUCGAUGCUACGAAUUUAUUAUCGCAUCGAAUAUUAUUCGCCGAGUAAAACGUUCGAUCUGUUAGAAUGAUCGCGAAGAGUGAAACGAGAUUGACACCGAUACACGCGCGUAGCCAACAGUGUCAAAAGGUGUUAACGAAGUAAUUAACGCAAUACAAUCUAUCGUGUAGUAGGAUUAUUUGGUGCGCCAAUGGGCUAAAGAGCGGAGAGGAACGAGAGACACGAGGAAAGAAUCAGGGUCCACUCGGCCGAAAUUUUAUUUUUGUGAAAAUUUUUCGAAUAAUAAAUUAUCUUGCACCGAAAUAAUCUAUAUCCUGCCCGCUAAUAAUUUAUCGUAUCAAUUGCAUAUUAACCCGAAACUAUUUGCGUAUAACUUUAACGUUCUAGCGAUCGCAAUGUAUUCUGCGUGGCUAAACAGAAACGUCGUGCCCGAUGAUAAAUUUAAUCCAAAUAUUUCUGGUAUUUCGAGAACAUCACUAUUUCGACGAUUCAAUUAACUUCCAUCGGAUCGGGGCGGUGAACAACGAUAGGCAAUUUCAAAGCGCCGUAAAAUUUAUUUCAUCGCCACUUGCAGAAUAUCAGUGUUCCUCGAACACGCUACAUUUUAAUGUUUCGAACUUUUAUCGAUUUCGAUAAAUGCUACUUUCUUUUCUCGUUAAUUACGAACGGAGAUCGGGUUACUACACGGGAAUUAGGUUUACUUUGAAUAAGGAUUCGUUAAGUUUUCCGAACAAUACGAAGGAUCAUUCUCGAGAGGGGAAAAUAUCGGUAGACAAACGGCCGAACGUGUAAAGUGUAAAAUUGUAACUGUGAUGGAUUUUCCGGUCCGUUAUACCGACUCGCAAUCGGGAACGUUCCCCUCUCAUUCGUGCGUUUGCUCCGGAUUAUUCGUUCUUUUCUGGCGACACUGAUUCUUUCUCGUUACGAUCUUGGUCAUGUUUAUUUUUCUUUGUCGAGCGUCGAUGGGUCUCGUGGAAAAAUUCCUGUCGGUAAAAGCUCUAAGGCAGAUAUUCCCGCGGUAGUUUAUCGAUGCAAACCGAGAUCGAGAAGGUGAAACGUGGAAUAUAGCGUGAGACAAAUUGGCCACUUGUUCGACCCUUAUCACGCCGAGGGGAAAAAAAAUGAGUCGAUCGGAUAUUUUAUUAGAGAACUGGAAACUCCGAGAGCUAUAUCGUAGCGCCGUCACGUUGAUCUAGCGAAUCAAAAUGAAAUUUACCAUGACGAAUGUUGAAAGGAUCGGAAUAUCGUGCACGAUUAUCGAAUUGGUCCGCGUUCACGAUUCUCGAUCGCGCGUAAACAUCGCAAACGAUAUCAUUUCCGGCGGUACACCGGAAGGAUUUCGUGGAACGGCCGGGGUUUAUUUGAAAGUCUGGAGACGACGGAAUUUUUCCAAGAACUCGACAGCGCCGGCGUUAACGUAAGCAAUAAGCAAUAAAGUCACGCAACGGCUCGAUCAUGUAGACAAAAGAUGUUGCGUUUUCACGAGGAAACUGUACCAUCACGUUAUGCCAGAGAUCUUCUAUUAUAUUGGUUUGUCCAAUCGGAUUUUCGCGACAGCGAUCGAAAAUGGAGAGAAAAGGGAGACGCAAGUGGAUACGGACCGAUCGAUCGCGAGGUAGGACGCUACGAUAUUAUUGUAACUAAUAUAGAGUCUAUAUUAUAUUAUUGUACAAGCAUCUUUGUAAUAAUUAACCCGAACCGAGUGACGAGAGGAAACGAAAAGGGAAAUACGAGCAAUGAGGCACGAUUAGAAGAGUACGCAACAAUAGAAAACAGACACAAAACAAAGCGAGAAAAAAGUUAAAAAAAGAAGCAAAAAAAAAAGAAUGAUAAGAAAGAAAGAAAGAAGGUGAAUAGAGAGGGAGAGAGAGAGAGAGAGAGAGAGAGAAUGAAACAUAAGAAAAGCCAAUCGCUAUUUUACCACUUUUCCAAUCGCGGUACACGUAGUUUUUUCACGCCGUUAAAUUUCUCUUCGUGCUCAUUUUUUGCGACGCCGACGAGGACGAGCCUCUGAUCCCUGAAAAUUUCGCGUCUGUAAAUAUAUCUGUGGCCACGCGGACUCCGCUAUCCUAAAUGCAUGUCUCAUUUUUUAUCGGCAUUUUUCGUUUAGUUGCACCUUGUCGAGAGAUGUAGAGAUCUACUCCCCUAAUGUCGAGAUGAAACAUAGGUAUUUCGGAAUAUCGUACUGGUUGCGUUGCAAAGGCUCGGCGCCGUACGAAAAAAGAAAAAAAAACACGUUCUUUUAGAUACGAACAGAGUAGUACGUAACACCAUAUAGAGGAAAAAGAGGGCUGUCGACGUGCUUUUUCGUCGGGAAGAAAAUAUCGAAGCGUGGAAAAAAUGCCCGCGCGACAUGCGGAAAAAUGCGGUGGAUCAAAGGCUCCUUCUCUCAGAGGCGUUCAUUUAAUCGAGUGAAAGACGCUCUCCUUUUCAGGGUUCUCGGAAGAGAAAGAUCGAUCGACUUUCGUUAGGCUUCUCGGCAAGUACCUUCUUGACAAGUUACUUACCGUCGUUGCACACAGAAAAUCGCGGAUUAGCGAGCCACGAGGCGUUUUCUUCUCUCUUUUUUUUUUCCGUUUAGUUCACUCUAUUUUAGACGUUUUUGUUCGUUUCCUCACCAGACGAGUUAGAAUACUUAGUGGUUUAGGACUUUUAACGAUUAGCACCUUAGAUGCCGUACUGUACCUAAGAAGAUGCAACGUAUUUAGCAUAACCUUAAGGUGAAAAACAUAGCGAUUAAGGAUUACUCUAGCUUCAUAGGGGUAAUAAGCUCAUUGUGACAGCAAUCAGAGGUGCCCCGCGGUCGAAGCGCGAACAAAACAACCUUUUUCUUUCCCCGAGCACGUUUUUCGAUCACCCAUCUCGCGUCUGUCGCGCGUGCACUUCUUGCGAACAGUCUCGAAUGCCAAUUCUGUCUGGAGCGUGCGUAAAAGAUGUUUCAAAUCGAUAGGAACGAGUGAGAAAAGGAGAGAGUAGCGAGCAGGGGCGCGGCAAGGAUUUCUAUUAAUCUAACGAAGCGUCGGUUACUCGAAUCGCUCGGCCAUCGGAUCCGCAUAAAUAUCCGAAUUUUCGACAGCUCGAGUUUAGACUACUUCCGUUCCACGCGAAUAUUUGAACUACGGUUAUCGUGCUGAAAGUCAAAUAUUGCUCUCGGCGGCGAAAUAUCGGGACGACGACGGCGACGACGACGGUAGAUUCGGGGCGCGGAACCUUAGCGGAGAACCUCAACGAUGGAAAUUCUACAAGUUCGGACCCAGCGAGCGGAUUGCCGCGUCCUGCCGCACGAUACCGAUUCAACGAUCGAUCAGAAUUACACGAGUUCGCUGUUAGGAGAAAACCACGGACGUUCGAUAAGAAAACGAAAAGAUCGGAGAUUCGGCGAAUCGUUGAAUCGAUAGCCGGGUGAUUAUCCGCGGGUAGGAGGGACGUAUUCGCGAAUAACAGUUUAGAAGUUUGUUAUUAUUUUCGAUUUGCCCGACACAAACAACGCCGAGGGAUUUGAUAAUUACCAGAGCAUCCUCAAACAUCGUUACUGACCGACCGCCUAGGUUCGCGCCACCCGGCCUCUCGUCAAACAUGCGCUCCGCUUAAUGAGAUUGAUGCAAUCGGCCGAUGCAUUUAAUCCGGUUAAUUUACAUUGGGUCCUAAUAUCGCACGCGAAUAUUCCGCUAAUGCAGUCGGUAAUGAGAAACAGAAAAUUGCUUGCACAAACUGCUCCCUUUCCCAUCCCUCUGAACGCGCGUACGCGGACAAGCGCCGGAGUUCGCUUUCGACAGGAUUUCGACUUUGCGCGUACUCUCCGCGUUUUCCGACUCAUCCGGAAUCGUCGUGCGCUUUUCCAUUGAAAUUUUCAACGCAGCAUCGCGAAUUAAUUUAAAUUGAAGAACAGGGAGGGGACACCGAUCGAGGGGAACGAUUCGAGAAGCGAUCGAAUUUAAAGCGUGGAUAACGAGAGUAAACGAACGGUAUAAUUUUCUUACGCGUUCAUUUUCGAGGUCGACCGCUUUGACGCGCCGACGUGCCCCACUGUCUGCGAACAAAAAAGUUUAAUUACGGUGAAAAAAAAACCGACGGGUAGGAUGGGAGGACGAAAUUAGUCGGUCGAGAGAAGAAGAAAAGCAAGAGGAAAGGAAGUGGCGAGCAAAACUACGGGAUAAAGAUGGAGCUGGUUGUCGAGGGAAUCCAGGGGAGAAGCAACGUCAUAGUCAGAAACAGGACACGUUUACGCGGCCUGGAUGUCGGUUAACGAUUUUAUGGAAACCCGUCUAAUGGGAUUAUCGGAUUACUUCCGCGUCGGUACGGGUGCUCUACCGCAGUUUAUUAUUCUCACACGGUGGAUUAUACGCUCGUUCUUGAAUCUUCUUCUACAGGCUCUAUAAAGCCGGACCUGGUAGCGGCGUGUCUUUCAGGAAUGCAGGCACGUUUGCAGACAUUUGCCGGCGCGCGAAACGGUUGCCGCGGUUUACUGGCGCGCUAAAUUAGCACAGAGUUCGAAGGUCUCGCGGCAUAAUCCGGCGAGAAACGUAAUCGCUUGUUCGCCAAGGCGGCGUGAGUUUCCGAGAUUUCUAAUGCCUUUUGACUCUGCUAGUUGGACACGUGCGAUUUUAUUAAAUGGCGAUUUAACGAGCUCUCCGCUAGGUAAUCUCGAGCGUGUCUUUUUGUGCGAUCGGCGUUCAAUUCGGUCGAGUUUCAGCCCCUUAUCGUUGUUAGAGCAAUAGGCAACCCUUAAUGAUCCCGCGUGACGCAUCCGGGUCGAUUCGAAACCGUCGCUCAAAGAUUAGAAAGGCAUCGCGUGCCAUAUGGGGACGAGCGUGCACACCCCUGCCGUUCGAAACUUCUCUCCGCGUACGCUCCAGCGAACCGAGGACGUUUUCAAUCAAGGGACAAUCAUCCCUCGACGAGCAAUCGAACCUUUUUAUCGAAUCAUCGCGGCCCGUCGUUUCCAUCCUUCGAACGAAACGUCAGCGGCCGAUCAUCGAACAACGACGAGAAUACUUUUUCGCGGCGAGGGUACAUAUGGAGCAAUAUAAGAGUGAGUGUGCGUUCACGAGAAACAGAGAGGGAGAGAAAGCGAUCGAGAGCGAGAGAGCGGGAGAGAGUGAGAAGACCGAUUCAACUACGAUAUAAAGGACAAAGUCCGAGGGUAGACGGAAGAAUACCUGGACGAAGGAGGCAAUAUUUUAUAAUACAGACAAAGCAUACCGCUUCAGAGUUUCUAAUACUUUGUUACUUUAAUUUUCAAUAAAUAAUUAUUAUCGGUGUUACAAUAA